ACUACCGUCAUGCUGCGCUAACAGAGGCGGUAGACGGUUGAACUAAACAGUCAAACAGCUUGUCAUCCUCUGGUGAAAUUUUGUCCGAGCUCGUGAUUAAAUUUGGAGGAUCGCGAAAACGCCGAUUGAACGUUUAAAUGAAAAAUCACAUGAUGGAAGUUGAUGCGGCUCCUCCUAAGGGAGAGGGUCUUAGGCAAUACUACAUCACCAAGAUUGAGGAGCUCCAGCUGGUAGUUGCGGAGAAAGCACAGAACCUUCGAAGGCUACAGGCACAAAGGAACGAACUCAAUGCCAAAGUUCGCAUGUUGAGGGAGGAAUUGCAGCUGCUGCAGGAGCAGGGAUCAUAUGUCGGUGAAGUUGUCAAAGCCAUGGACAAGAAGAAAGUACUUGUCAAAGUUCACCCAGAAGGUAAAUUUGUAGUGGACAUUGACAAGAACAUUGAUAUCAACGACAUCAAGCCAAACUGCAGAGUUGCUCUGAGAAAUGACAGCUACACACUGCACAAAAUUCUCCCCAGUAAAGUUGAUCCGUUAGUGUCUCUCAUGAUGGUGGAGAAAGUACCAGACAGCACUUACGAAAUGGUUGGAGGCUUGGAUAAACAGAUCAAAGAAAUCAAAGAAGUCAUUGAGCUUCCCAUCAAACAUCCGGAGCUCUUUGACGCCCUCGGUAUCGCUCAACCAAAAGGUGUCCUACUCUACGGACCCCCAGGAACAGGUAAAACACUUCUGGCUCGUGCCGUCGCUCACCACACGGACUGCACUUUCAUCCGAGUCUCUGGCUCCGAAUUAGUUCAAAAAUUCAUCGGUGAAGGUUCUCGUAUGGUUCGUGAACUUUUCGUCAUGGCCAGGGAACACGCUCCUUCCAUCAUAUUUAUGGACGAGAUCGAUUCCAUCGGCUCUUCGCGUAUCGAAUCUGGUAGCGGAGGUGAUUCCGAAGUUCAACGUACCAUGUUGGAGCUGCUGAAUCAGCUCGACGGUUUCGAAGCCACCAAAAAUAUCAAAGUGAUUAUGGCCACGAAUCGUAUCGACAUCUUGGACCCCGCUCUAUUGCGACCCGGCCGCAUUGAUCGAAAGAUCGAAUUCCCGCCACCAAACGAGGAGGCUCGCCUCGACAUUCUCAAAAUUCACUCGAGAAAGAUGAAUCUGACUCGUGGCAUCAACUUACGAAAGAUUGCCGAGCUCAUGCCCGGCGCUUCCGGAGCGGAAGUCAAGGGUGUUUGCACAGAGGCUGGCAUGUACGCUUUGCGCGAACGGCGUGUCCACGUCACUCAAGAAGAUUUCGAGAUGGCCGUCGCUAAGGUGAUGCAAAAGGAUUCCGAGAAGAACAUGUCCAUCAAAAAGCUCUGGAAGUGAUUGUUAUAUCCUUUGUACUUCGAAUCCAACGGUCUGAUACUGGACGAAACUUCAUCGCACUCACUCGGCAAGCAAUCAACUAAAAAUCAGAAACAAAAAUUUAGAAAAUUAACAAUAAUUCAAAUUCAUUGAAAAAAAUAUGGCUGUAAUCCCGAAAGCUUUUUUUAAUUUUCAUUUCACAAGAUUGAAUAUUUCUGGACUUGUUCCACGUUUGAAACUCCUAAGCCUAUCAAGCCCAGCCCACGUUGUCAUUACUUAUUUCCUUCUUCUCUACUGAUUAAGUGAUAUCCUUGAAGAAAGAAGUGAUGUACCGAUGGAUUUUCCAAACGCUCGUUAUGCCAAUACAAAGAGAUCAGAGUGCGCUAAAUAAAAGUUGACAUCUCAGA